GCAUAAAUGCGGUAGCCGUUGUCUUUUAUACUACAACUAUCUAAACAGAAAAGAAAUGAAACUAUUCUCUACUCUCGCUCUCACAGCUCUCGCUGUUGGUGUAACCGCUUGGAACGACGGUAACAGUGAAGUUGACUCAAACUCUUUUUCACUCUUGAUUGAGAAGUCUGUUGGCGACGCGGACGAUGAAUUUAACAAGAGCAUAAACACUUCCCUACAGACAGAGAAAUCACCAAUUUUGAACAUCCCAAAGAACAAAUUCGUGAUUAGAGGAAACCAAUGCUAUCAAUCGGUUGGCUUACCUCCGAGGGAUGACCUCCCAGAGAGCCCUUACGUCAAUAUCGGACUUGGUCACUGCAGAGACCAAGAUAACGACGAUCUCCAGAUAAUCUACGCGGGAAACACUAUUAACGUAGGUAAGGAUGACCGCUGCCGGCUCGUCAAUGAUGAUAAUUUAUCCGUUCGCUGUGUCAUUCCCAUUUAAAUUGAAUCAUUUUCAUU